GGUGAAAGAUAUUUUGUGUUUUAUUAUAAUUAUUAAGGUGGUUGUAAUAUCAGAACUCAGAAGCCAUAAUAAUAAUAACAAGUUGGAAGCAGAAGCAUGAAUGUGGAAGAAGAGGUUGGACGCCUGAGGGAAGAAAUCAAGAGGCUUGGCAAGCUCCAAUCAGAUGGUUCUUACAAGGUUACAUUUGGAACGCUAUUUCAUGAUGAUCAAUGCGCAAAUAUAUUCGAAGCACUUGUUGGGACACUAAGAGCUGCUAAAAAGCGAAAAGUACUAACAUAUGAAGGUGAAUUGCUGCUCCAAGGAGUUCAUGACAAUGUGGAAAUCACUCUUAAUGCCACCCCUGCUGCUGCUGCCAGCUGAAACACUAUGUACCCAAAACUCUAAAACAAGUGUGAAAGGGUGAAAAAAAGUUUCAUGAGUGCUAGUUUUGUAAGCAUUGAUUGAUGCUACUUUCUUCUAUCUUCUAUUCAAUGUUGUUUAUUAUGGUGUGACAACUAUCAUCCUCCAGAAUCUUGUCAUCAAGUUUUGUGUUACAAAAUUGAUCCAAAAAAAAGAAAAAAGAAUUGUGUUACAAAAGUUA